CAAGCAACUGUUUUAUAAGACUUCUUUCCUGAAAAUGGUUUUUCCUUUGUUGCAGGUGGGUGCAGAUUAUCUAGUGUUCAUCAGGAAAAGCUAUAUUAAAAUAAUAUAAACAAAUUAAAUUUGGUUCAGUGUGAGUUUUUUUUUUUCCAGAAAAUUCCAGUAAAAUACAGAUAUUUGUAAUUAACCAAAACGAAAGCUUGAGGUAAAUGCAUGUGUUUGAGGUACCAUAUCUAUGACUUUAAGGACAACGUCACAGACAUAUUUAUUUUCCAACAAUAAGCAGUAAUUUCCAAUAAUAUCAGAGCAGCUGUUAGUGAGCAAGUAAAUUAUUAUGCAGCUACAACAGGUUGUGUUUUCCCUCAUGCAGGUGUUGGUGUCUGUGUGCAGUGAGAGCUGUGCUCCAGGAAGCAGGAAGGCUGUCCGUCGUGGGGAGCCUCUGUGCUGCUUUGAUUGUGUACCAUGUGACGACGGCAAGAUUAGCAAUGAGAGGGAUUCAAUAGAUUGCACAUCUUGUCCUGAAGAUUACUGGUCCAAUGCAGCCAGAACUGAAUGCAUACCAAAAGCGAUUGAGUACCUCUCCUAUGAUGCAAUGGGACUGACCCUGACUGUGCUAGCUGUAGUCGGAGCCUGCCUCACCAUCGCUGUUCUGGCAGUAUUCCUCUACCACAGGAACACUCCGAUUGUCAAAGUCAACAACUCAGAGCUGAGCUUCUUCAUCCUGCUCUCUCUGACUCUGUGUUUCCUGUGUGCGCUGGUGUUCAUUGGAGAGCCUACAUCAUGGUCCUGCAUGCUGCGCCAUACUGCCUUCAGCAUCACUUUCUCACUCUGCAUAUCCUGUAUCCUGGGGAAGACUCUGGUGGUGCUGGCUGCCUUUACAGCCACCAGGCCUGGAAACAACCUCAUGAAAUGGCUGGGACCUAAACAGCAGAGAUUCAUCAUCUCUGCCUGCACCUUUAUACAAGUGAUAAUCUGUGCAGUGUGGCUAAUCACUGCUCCUCCUUUCCCAAACAAAAACAAUCAAUACCACCGGUCCAGAAUAAUCCUUGAGUGUAGUGUUGGUUCUGAACAGGCCUUCUGGUGUGUUCUGGGAUACAUUGGUCUCCUGGCUGCUCUGUGUUUUAUUCUGGCCUUUCUGGCCAGGAAACUGCCAGGCAAUUUUAAUGAAGCCAAAUACAUCACCUUCAGCAUGCUGAUCUUCUGUGCAGUGUGGCUCGCCUUUGUACCAGCUUAUGUCAGCUCACCUGGAAAGUUCACUGUAGCUGUGGAGAUAUUUGCAAUUCUAGCUUCUAGUUUUGGCCUACUGCUUUGCUUAUUUGCUCCAAAAUGUUACAUCAUUUUACUGAAGCCACAGAAAAAUACAAAACAACAUCUGAUGGGAAAAGUUGUUACCAAAUAAAACAAUGAUGUUUUCUGUAAGAAAUUGAGCUGUAUUCCAUAUUUGGAUUCAGUGAUACACAUUCACAUAUUGCUGUGUUAUUGUUUCCUACUAAGCACUAUAAAUAUGAACACAGCAACAAGGUUCCUUGAUGGUUUUUAACUGCAUUUACAAUGCCUUUGGAAGAGCUCAAAACCUGUAUGUGAGGUUUGGGACAGGGGGGUGGGGGCAGAACCUCAGAUUACACCAAUGGUCCAAUCAUGCAGCAGAAGCCAAAUAGCACAGUCACAGAUGUUUUUAUUUAUGUAUUUUGUUAGGCAAAACAGAGGUAACUGAUAUUAUAAUUCUCACCCUUCAAAAGACAAACUAAAUCAAUAUGAUACAAAGAUUGUGAAAAGGUCCUUAUCGCUCAAGAGGACAUGUGCGCCUGUGUAUGUGCGUGCCUGUGUGUAUGUGGCUGUGAAAAAAAAAACAAAAAAAAAACACCAUACUUCACACUGCCGAAAAAAGCAUAACGACAGCUUACAUCCUGUGGGACUUUAAAUUCUAGAGCCAUUUCAGAAGCAAAAUGGCACCAGAAAAACCAACACUUGUUAUCAUAUUCAAAUUUAACCCUAGAAGGGAUUUUGUAGUUUGGAAUUUUAAAGCCACGAGGCCACUGGAUUUGAAACUGAGACAUUUUGGCACACAGCAUUUUGAGAGAACAUAUUUGAUUAAAUGUUGCAUCUUAUUACAAUAUAUACAAGCAAAUGAAUAUAGUAUAUUUGUCUUACUGUAUGAAUACGACUAAAUAUUGGUUCAUGUUGUUGAAGAAAAAAGAUAAGCUCACCCUAAAAGUUGCACUGACGAUGUGAGGGAAGCGGCUAAUUUUUGACAUCAUAAUAAAUCAACGGACUUAUUUUCAGGCAAAUUAGUGAUUUAUGUGUUGUUAUUUGAUUAUACUGUAGCAUUUAUGCAGU